CUGUCGUACUGUGCUUCACGUGAAAGUGUAUACACUUGGAGGCGAGGCCACUUGUCCUGUCAAUGAGCUCCUAACGUUUCAGGUACCUGUCUUGGAAAGGAAAGGGACAGUUCUCUCUCCGGCCCAUUGUUAAAGGGUGUUUCUUGAUCAGCAUCUGACCUUCUUUCAGAGUUGGUAGUGUUUCUGAUGAAGCUUUAUACACUAUGGCCCCACUUGCCUGUUGCCUUGCAAUCUCCUUUGUUUUACCGGUGGUGUUAAGUAACACAGACAUGCAAGUACUAAAAAACAUUUCCGAACUUAAUCCUCCGACCAACCUCACGAUUGUGGAUAGACAACUUGGGGAAGUGACCAUUUCUUGGAAUGAUGGUCUCAGUGAAAUCAUCAAGGCUUCUACACACGUUUUAUAUCCAUUUGAGUACAAGUACUUUGAUUCUCAAACUUGGCAAGAAGAUUCCAGGCUUCAGGAGUCAGAAUAUAGGAAAACAUUUGAAUUGCACCGGGGGGUUUCCGUACGAGUUAAAACUAUAGUCCAGAAUUGGCGCAAAAUUAAAGAAGUGGAAAGCAACUGGACUGUAAUUGACAUCCAACCACCACCAGGUGACCGUGAAACCUUGGCUUCAAAUGUCUCUUGUAUUGUCUAUAAUAAUUCACUGAUGAAUUGUACGUGGAAUCAGGGCAGCAAAGCACCACAUGAUACCCAAUAUGAAAUGUAUUACAGACAGGGUGGGAACAUCAGUCAAUGUACUCCCUAUUUUUUGGAUGAAGAUGGCAGACAGGGCUGCCACGCUUCUCAAAUCGAUGUUAAUGCUGAGAACAUUUCAAUCUGUGUCAAUGGAUCGAGUAAUUCUGCACUGAUUCAGGCAUAUUAUACAGACUUUAGCCCAUGGGAUUAUGAGAUGUUCAACGCACCAAUAAAUCUUAAGGUUUUACUAAAUCUGUCUGUGACAUGGGAAAUGCUUCAUUGUUGUAGAUGUUUUCAAUUUCAAUUGCAAGUUACAAAUCUGGAUCAAGGUCAUCAUGAGUUUUUCAUUGUUGAGGAAGAAACAAAAUAUAGCCUUCAAAGUAUCAACCUCACAGAACGUUACUCGGUGAAAGUCAGAGUAAAGUCAAAACCAACUUGUGGGGAGAAAAAGUAUUGGAGUGAAUGGAGCAAUGAGGUUUUUAUUGAACAUACUCUGUCACUUAGUAUGCAUUGGUUCGUGCAUAUGUCGGUCGUACUUGUAACUAUGGUGGGACUGCUUCUAAUAUUUACAUUUGGAAGGUACAGAGUCCUGGAAGUUGCAUUCAAACCAAUUCCCAAUCCUCAAAAGAAGUUCAAAGCAUUGUUUGAAGAAUACAAUGGAGAUUUCCAAAAUUGGAUGAACUGUCAGUUACCAGUCUCAGAGCUUGAUGAAUGCCAUCCAGUUGCCAUUGAAGAAAGUCCCCAAACUGAAGCAUAAAAUAAAGAACUUGCACCACCACCACUCCAUACAUCUGGCAAACUGACAUAAUCAUGUUUGCAUUAAUGCUUAAUUUCUCCCUUCACGUAUCUAUUACGUGUAAACUGUGAAUUAUUGCCAUUCAAGAGUCAAGGGCUCAUAUUAGUUCAAGAACAAUGGCAUUGAGCAGAAAUAUUGCAUUGAAUUUACUUGGCACCAUGGUAGUGGAUAAUGGUGAUUGGGCUGGAAAAAUAGCGAGGAAAAAUAGGAUGAUGAAGUUAUGGGGAAAGCCAAAGAAAUCUUUUGGUUGCUGGCGCUCUGGAGAUGAAAAUCCAAUUCACAUCUUUCAAGGCUGCAGGCUGGGGUGAUUUUAAUGAAUACAUCAAUAUUUUGUCAGAGCAGCCAGCAACCACCCCACCUACCCUGAAAGAAAAAAUAAACACAAAUAAACUGCAGGUUCUGGAAAUCUGAAACUAAAACUGCAAUUGUUGGAGAAACUGUGCAGAUCUGGCAGCAUCUGUGGAGAGAAAACAGAGUCAAGAUUUGAGGUCCAUUCUGAAGAGAGGUCAUUGAAUCAGAAAACAUUGACUGUUCUCCCUCCAUAGAUGCUGCCAGGCCUGUUGAGUUUCUCAGCAAUUUCUGCUUUUGGCCCCAUCUACCCUGUUCAGUUGAAGCUCAAUUGAGACCUGUAGGUCUAUCAAUGAGCUAAAGGUGAUUUGAGAUUUUGGCAGCGAAUGUCAUAAUCAAGGCCUAUUGGAUUUAACUGAGGAGUUUCCCUUCUAUGGUGAUAUAUACUGUGAUGAUCCAAUGGCUUUAAGAGAUGUAUUUUGUCCUUUUGUUUAUAAAGAGAGGUUGAGAUAGAUAUGGAUAGCUAACUCUUCCAAACCAGUAAGGUGAACAGCUUGUGAGGCCCUUUUAAUGUGAGAACAAUAGAAGCAGCCUGAAUGGUUGGUGGAGUCAGGCUCCCAAAGCACCAGGGUUUUAAACAGUUGUUGGGGUUGGACAUUGGCUGUGGAAGCUGCUUUAUUUUUCUCUAUCACAACAAUAAGCUGGCAUUCUCUCUCUCUUCCAGAAUUUUCUCCUGAUGUUCUUUCUUCCUAGACUAAAGAAACAUUGCAUGCAAAUCAAUCCAUUUUACUGAAGAUGCUAAGGCUGUGUUUGUGGAAUAUGACUAUAUAGGGACAGUUGCUGUUUAAUAGUCAAGUCACCUAUUAUUCUACUAUGUUUUCCAAAAGGGUUAACGUUAUCCCAGUUCUUUUUUCUUUUGUUUAUAUUUUAAUUAGGGAUAAAAAUAAAGUGUGUUUUGCCUGAA